GCUUUUACAAAUUCAAUUGCGCUUCACAGUUCGUCCAAAGCGGUUGUGGAGCUCCCGCGACUUUGACUAAUACCACUAGCCACUAGCAGUGAAAACGCCAGCGAGAACCGUUAAUAAGAGCAUUCGGCCAAGUGCGCGAUCCACGACAAGACACGGCCCCGCUACAAAGCCACAAUAAAUCACAAAUAAAAACCAGAACAAAAGCCAAGUGCAUAGAAAGUUGUUGUUCUAAGUGGAACAAACAAAAAAAAAAAAUCAAAGUGUUUAAUUUGUGAAAGAUCUGACGAUUUUUGGAAUGCAAAUAUCAGUGGAACUGUCAUUAAGCAUCAUCCACCGGAACAGAUAAAAAAGAUAACUGAAAAGUGAGAUAAAUAUUAUUUGAAACAUUAUGUCGAUUGUGUGCACGCUGGAGCAAAAAGUGAACUUUUUUAAAGCGGCUGCAACGACCAAGAAUCUGUUGAUUCUGAAGAACAGCAACAAUUUGGAUACCCCUUACAAGCAGGAUACAACCACACCAAAUAGCCACAAGGAGUCGCAAUUUGCACGCACACAGCAACACAACUCAGAACAACAGCAACAUCACUUGCACCAGAAACUCGUGCAGUUGCAACAUUAUAGCCAGCACAAGCUGAGUGGCAGCAGCGGCGACUACCCGUACAAUCCACACCAGCAUCCCCUAGCACUAGCAGCGGGUGGUGCACAUUUGACGCCACUGAGGGAGCCUGGAAAGCAGUUCUACCAGGACUCAGCAAUGCCCGAAGUGCUCAGCGGCACGCCCACAAAUAGCCACAACAAAGCCAUCUCCAGCUCGAUCUCCAUGAUGAACAACGUCCGUUUGACAAACAUUUCGCCCACGCUGUCCAUGAACGGCAGCUCCAACGAGUCCACAAAUUUGCAUCCCCUUUCCAUGUACGGAGGAUCCAUCAGUCCACAGUCCAACGACAGCGGCAUGUCCGACAGUCUUGGCAAAUUCUCCCAAGGCAAUGGCUAUGGUGACAGCAUGAUGGGCAAGAACUCACAGAACGGCAAUGGGCCACAAUCGGCCAUGACGGCCGCCCAAAAGGAACUCUUCUCGCAGCGCAAGCAGCGGGAGUUUACGCCAGACAACAAGAAGGACGAAAGCUACUGGGAUCGCAGGCGGCGCAACAACGAGGCGGCCAAGCGGAGCCGGGAGAAGCGUCGCUACAAUGACAUGGUGCUGGAGCAGCGCGUCAUCGAGCUGACCAAGGAGAACCAUGUGCUGAAGGCCCAGCUGGAUGCCAUACGCGACAAAUUCAAUAUCUCUGGGGAGAAUCUGGUGAGCGUGGAGAAGAUCCUCGCCUCGCUGCCCACCAGCGAGCAGGUGCUGAGCAACACAAAGCGCGCCAAGAUGAGCGGCGGCGGCUCAUCGUCCUCUUCGUCGCCCACCUGUGACGGUGGCUCCUCGCCCAGCGGACACUCACACAGCGGCUACAAUGGACAGAAUGCUCCACUGACACCUCUCAUAUACGGCCCCAAUGGCAAUGGACGACAGUCCUCUGUCGAGCCGCCCGUCAAGAGCGUCCAUCAUGUUCAGCAUGCGCCUCCAGCGCCUCCUCAGCCCUCACACCUGCAGACGCUGGUCGUGCCACAACAGCCCCAACACCAGCCCCAGCAUCUCUACCAGCCACAGCAGCCGCAGCAGCAACAGCAGCAUCAGCAUCAGCAACAGCAACAACAGCAGGAGCCCACACCCAGUGCCGGCACCAGCUCGCCGCCCGUCGACACGCACAACCGCCCGCCCACCAACACAAUCGCCAGCCUGCAGGUGCAGCUCCAGCAGGCGCUCAAUCGCAAUGUGCGACCCGAGGAUCUGGACAGUCUCCGCAAGGCGGUGGCCGUCGGAGCACUCUACAAUGCAGCUGCUGUGGGUGCACAGGGACCACCGCCACCCGGUGCCUCGCUGUAUGUGCCCGCCGCGGGUCCAUAUGUGGGCGCCAUCAACAAGGAGCAUCUGGAAGUCGCCGCGUGGAAUCACAGCGUGGAGGGAGCCGUCAGCAGCAGUGCCGUGGAUGCGGUCAGUAGCUCCUCCGUUGCCGUUUCAGCCGCAGCCAGCGUGCUGAACUUGUCGCGACGAGCCUGCUCUCCCAGCUACGAGCACAUGCUCUCCUCCACCACCUCAACAUCCUCUCCCGCCUCUUCAGCCCUCUCGUCUGGGUCAUCCGGUGCCGGCUCCGGCGACGACGAGCAGGAGCUCGAGCCGCUUGUUCAUGGCACUCAUCUGGCACCACUGCAGCUGCAACGCAACAGUCCGGCACAUGGCGGUGGCAACAGCGAUGCCAACAACUGUCUGCCCCUCAAGCUGCGCCACAAAUCUCACUUGGGCGACAAGGAUGCGGCGGCCACAGCUCUGCUCUCCCUGCAGCACAUCAAGCAAGAGCCCAACUGCAGCCGAGCCUCUCCACCGGCCUGGAACGAUGGCGGAGACAACUCCAGCGACGAGCGCGACUCGGGCAUCUCCAUCGCCAGUGCCGAGUGGACGGCGCAGUUCCAGCGCAAGCUGCUGGCACCCAAGGAGGGUGCACCCGCUGUCGUCGUAUCCACAGCCGAACGCGAUCAAAUGCUGAAGACGCAGCUGGAGCGCCUCGAGUCGGAGGUGGCCAGCAUCAAGAGCAUGAUGAUACUCACAGAGUAGGCCAGGGAGGAGGAGCAGUAUCAGGAGAGGAGAAAGCAAGGCAGAGGAGAGAGAGCGAAGAGACAGAGACUCUGGUUGAAUCAGAGUCGAGGUUAAGUUUUGCGGAGCGGAUACAAAGAGGAGAGAGUUCCAUGGCGCCAGUUGUUCUCCUGACACACGACACACACACAUACCGAAUCACACACAAUUUUUGAGUACGAUUAAAUAUAUAGUACCUCCAGAGCUACAUGUAAGGAAUGUUUUAAAGCCCCAAGUCCAGGGAGAGUGUUAACUACUAGCAGAGUUUAUAUCUAUCGCAAGAUGCAUGUUUAUCCAACUCCAACUCUAAUUCUUAUCUCUAUGUAUCUGUUUGUAUCUGUAACUCUAAUUGUAUCUGUGUUUAUUCUGUUCUGUAAACGUGUACCCACAAUAUGUAUUUGUGUCUGUGCGUUAAACUAUAUAGAUCUCGUCUAAGUCGGAGCUAAAACGAAGAAUCCCUAAGAUCAACAAACUUACAAGAAUUUCUUUUCUAAAAGGAGAUUGGUGACCGUCGGUCGGGGUCACCACAAAACACGUUUAUUGUGUGUCCCAAAGUUUCCUUAUGCACAGAUUGAAAGAAACAAAAAUAUAUUAUUUAUAGGCAAACAAAAACGUUACCAAGUAUUUUGCUAUUGUACAUAUUACACAAUUAUUAUAUAUCUGAUAUAUAUAUAUAUAUUAUAUAUGCUAUCUAUUCCUACGAUAUUCGUGUACAUAAUUUUAGUUGCAAGCUAAGCUUAUUUUAAAUAUUUUAUUUUAUAUUAUUUUUUAUUGUGUAGUGAAGCAAAAAAACAUAUACAUUAACCAUUAAGUGAAAGAAACGCGUGAAGCACAUUCAAAACUUGAGAGAUGCAAGAAAUCUGAAGAGAAUUCGUAAUAUAUUCUACUACUGUAUUCUGCAAUAAAUAAUUUUAAAAAAUGUCUCCCCUACCUUAA